GUUAGAAUAUCUGUUCUUUUAUAGUAUGAUCUUAGAAUUUAUCUUACCAUCUUUUUGCCCGUGUGGGCCAAUCUUCACGUGUGGGUGAAUCCACACAACUGCUUUGACUAGCAUCCAAAGGAUGCCAAAAAGUUCGUCGCUUAGUGAGCAGAGACGCUUCUCGGAGCCAUUCGUUUCUGGCUUUUUUCGUCUUCCGCUCCUCCAUCUUGGAGUGCAGCCAGGUGGUGAUUCUUGUGAAGAACAUUGUUUAUAAGAGGAAAAAGGUUUGAGUUUUAGAAGUCUUAGUUGUUGAUGCUGGGUUUAAAGCCUAACAGAAAUCUGAAGACAGGGGAUGUUUAUAGACGAUAAAGUAUGUUUGUAGACAAUGAAGUGUGCUUGUAGACGAUGAAGCGUGCUUGUAGAUGAUGAAGUGUGCUUGUAGACAAUGAAGUGUUCUUGGUACAGGGAAGAGUUCAGAAGGGAGUGAAAAAACCCAAGGUGACUGGUGUCGGUCAUGAUAGCAUCAUGGUCGCAGUCAUUAUAGCAUCAUUAAUGACAAUAUCCUCAAUGCCUUACUGCCUAACCCCCAACCAACCGGCGCCGACUCUCGGCCAGAUUACCAAAGCCAUUAUAUCAACCUCGACGUCAAGUCCAGAUACACCCUACUCUUGGGGCUACUGGGACGACGUUGGUGAAGCUAUCCGCGGAGGUGUAGUAAAAGCGCACGUACUGGCAACUACCCUAUAGCACAUCGCUCCUUCUGUUUCCUUUCAUAUAAUGACAGCACCUGCCUCGGCGGACCCUAUAGAGUCUGCUGCGAGUUAGAGGAUAGCUAACUGUGGAUUGGCAGGAACGCUGGUACUCCAACCAACCCAACCUUCAAACACAGCGGUCUUCUACCAUUGGCAUAGUC